UCAUGAAUGGCUGCAUAAUCCCAGGCACACCAUUUGCUGUAGAUUACUGGAAAACCAGAGGCAGCCCAGACACCAAGUUUUAUUUUCUGUCACACAUGCAUGCGGACCAUACUUCAGGAUUGAGCCCAUCAUGGAAAAGCCCCAUCUAUUGUUCAGAAAUCUCUGGCAAACUUCUGGUUGCCAAAUUCAAUAUCCAAAAAGGUCUUGUGAAAACUCUUGAGGUAGGCCAGAGUCAUAUCAUUCCUCUGGAUGAAGAAGGCAUAGAAACUAUGACAGUGUCCCUGAUAGAUGCCAACCACUGUCCUGGAGCUGUCAUGUUUUUAUUUGUUGGAUAUUUUGGUACCAUUCUCUAUACUGGGGACUUCAGGUACACCCCCGUCAUGUUCAUAGAUACCCCUCUCUCCUCCAACCCCCCAGUGGACGUCCUUUACCUUGACAACACCUAUUGUCAUCCAAAUUGUCAUUUUUUGUCGCGAGACCAAGCAAAAUCGAAAAUUUUUCAAAUCAUCGCCGCACAUCCUGAGCAUGACAUACUCCUGGGCAUGAAUAGCCUUGGCAAGGAGGACUUGUUGGUGGAUAUCGCCAUGGAGUUUGAAACCUGGAUUGUUGUCACGCCAACAAGAUUGGAGAUGUUGAAACUGUUGGAGCUGCCUGAUGUGUUCACUGAUGACAGACAAGCAGGGAGGAUAAGACUGGCCCCAAGUCCACGUAUAUCUAAGGAGUAUCUCUCGAAACUGGAUGAGUCGUACCCAACCAUAGCUAUCAUACCAACAGCAUUGUACACGGGGGUGGACUUCGACCCCUAUGCCAACAUGGACAAUGUGUUCAUUGUCCCUUACUCAGAUCAUUCUGCUUAUCCCGAACUUCACGAGUUCGUGUCCAGAGUCCGGCCAAAGUCCAUCGUGCCAAUUGUGCAGGGGUCAGCAAGAGGGAUACUUGGGUCAAGCCUGGAGGAGAGAGCGAUAUUGUCCUGUUUUGAUGAGUAUCUGGAUCCUGUGCCANCGAUUCUUCGCGGAAUCACAUCGAAGGCGUCGCUUACAUAG